AUGUCCCGUCUGACAGUUCUGAUACUAUUCGCUCUAAACACGGAAAGGCCGCCACGAGAAAUGCACAAGAUAGGUGGUCACAAAUGGUUUGAGUCUAUUAGCUGUCUUGUGUCCUCACUGUGUGAAAUUACUUCGCGGCUUCAAGGCCAACGUUCUAGUAUAUUUGGUGGGGCAAAUAUUUCGCCAUGCCUACUCCUGGUUGUUUCUGUCGUCAGCAACGUCAUCCAAGUGUAUGAGGUGGCCCUGGAAAGCCUCAAAAGCUCAUGGAAGGCUCCGACUCAACAACCGAACUUGCAUGAGAAACUUCAGAUACUCGCAGAUGCUAGCACCAUGGAGUUUCACCUGGUCUCCCUACGCAGAAUCUACGACCACAGCAUUCUCGACAUGCCUAGCAAAUACGCAGGGCAGCGGCUCGAUAAGCUGUUGGGUGUAUUGCAGCAGUGUAUUCAGCAAUGGCGUUUACUGGAUUUAUCAGCUGCCCCCGGCACAGAAUUUGCAGGAAUGCCUUGA